AUGGGGCGCUCUGCUGGGGUGAGCGACGACGUCCAGGCCAGUGCCAGCCCACGCUCAGCACCACCUCCAGCCGCCCUGUUCAUCACAACGAGUGACGGAGCGAGAGGGGACAGCAGGAAGAAGAGCGGGUCAACAAGUGUGAUUGUCGCUGCUCUUGGAAGCGAGUGGCCAGCAAACAAAGGCGAGGGACACGGCUGGUUCCUCGACCUUGCGCAGCAUUGA